CAGCUGCAGUCACGUCCCCCUCGUCUAGCAGCCAUUUUCUGAGAAAAUUACGUGUCUGAACUGUUAGACGGGCCACCGGUCAACGCGUCUACCACUGCCGUUCAGCCGUUCCAGGAUUUCUGCUACUAUGGCCUCAGGAUGCGUUUCCUGCCCAAAAUGCAGCUCUGACGUCUUUUUCACCUCUGUGGACCAACUCAAUGUCCCGGUGCUUUCCCCUGCGGUAUCAUCACUUCUACACACCAACGACUGCCCCAGCGCUUCUGAUAUUCACACACUCAAAGAAUCAGCACAAUACAUCGAUGAUGCCCUCGGAGUUGUCGAAGCAGAUAUUCGUCGUCUCUCUGACAUCGUCAGUCGAUUGAAGGAGAGACGGAAGCUCUUCAGAGAUGCGCAAAAUAUGCAUAAUAUCAUUUUAUCCCCAAUCCGACGCCUUCAUCCUGAAAUACUGGUGCAGAUCUUCCUCGCCACCUAUCAUUACCUUGGAGAGUCUGGUGUCUACGACGUUUUCGAUCCCACCUCAGGUCCUUGGCUCGUUGGUCAGGUUUGCAGCAAAUGGCGGGCUAUUGUUGUGUCUCAUUCAACCUUGUGUAUAAGAGGCUGUCAAAUCUCGAGAACACCGAGGCGGGUAGCAAGGUUGAAAGGUCCGAUUCCGAUGCUGAGCUCGGCACUGAGCCGAUCCGGGCAGCAUGCUCUUUCUUUCAAGUUCUGUUGUGAUGAUCCCAUGGACAAGAAUAUCCCGGCGAUAAUGACCACACUCUUCCACUUGCUAUCAAGUCAUUGCACUCGCUGGGGAAACGUCACCCUCAGAAUCCCAGCUCCCAUCGUAGCGGCUCUGUCAUCAAUCCGCGGUCGCCUCCCCAUGUUAACAGAUCUGGAACUGACGUUCCUUGACGUUGGCGAUGUUCCAACUUUCCAUAUUGACGCCUUUUCCAUCGCGCCUCGUUUAGCUCGAGCACAGUUGAUCGAUUUACCAGAAGGCAUCCAUGUUCAUUUCACAAAUUCAAACCUUGUCCACUUCUCCGAUUGUAGGCCCCAAAGCGCCCCAACGAAUGCCUAUCUACUAAAUGUUAUUCAGACGUCUCCUGAUCUUGAAAGUUUUGAGGCCGCUCACCGCGGACUGUAUGCGGCUAGUUCAUCAUCGCCAGUGCCCUCUACUCGAGUGGUAAACACCUCCUUGCGCAAACUUUAUGCUUGUGAAGGGGGCUUCUUAGGGAGUCUUGUGCUUCCGGCACUGGAGAUGGUAUCAAUGACGCCUUUCUCAGACGAUGUGUCCUGCCCUCCGAAUGCACUUCCUGGUCUUCGUACCCUAUUGAAUCAAUCCCACUGUUCUUUAACACAACUUGCAAUGUCCGAUGUUACACCAGAUCAUCACCUCCUCGCUGUCCUCGAGCUUGUUCCAACGCUCACGUCAUUGAUCUUUGCACAGAGCCAUGCAUGGCCAAAACAUUACGAUGAUAUCUUACAAGCGCUGAUAUCCUGUAUGAAGGCUACAGCAAUCGAUGAUAAUGGGAAGCCGUAUCACCUUCUCCUUCCUCAAUUGGAGAAGUUGGACUUCAGCAUCAUGACGAAAACACCUCAAGAUUCCUGUUUCCACUGCUUUGUCAACCAUGAUUUUGCAGAAAUGGUCAUCUCAAGAUGGGAUACUGAUGAACCAUCUUUGUCCUCCGUGUCAGUGACGUUUUUUAGUCAUUUGCCUUGGAAUUUUCCUGGGCUGUUACCGGGCGACAUAACUAACUUGAAGCGUUGCCAGAUGGAGAAGCUCAGCAUCGACAUAUCGUCUAGAAACUUUGACAAUGAAGGGGACUUUUAUGUAUGAAAGUUUAGUAUCACCUUUACACUGAAGUAAUACAUUAGU